AUGUAGUAAAAAUCAAAAACUUUGUUGCAUUUAUUGCAAUAGUAAUAGCAUUAUCAUGAUGAUAUCAAUACAUCCUUAGAAUCCAAUUUUAAACAAAGUUCAGAACAUACGGAAAAGAAAUUUGAUUUAAAACUUCAAAAAUCUGUAGUGGAACUCUAUUAAUAAAUAAAAAGCAGCAUCUAAAAAACAGAAGACCAAGUUUAAAUCAUAAACUAUUAAUAGUUAUUAUUGUGUUAGAUAAAGAAAGUGGUGCCUCUUGAUAAACAGGAAGAUUUAUAUACAGAUCCCAUCUCUUUAAUUUGUUAUAUCGGAUGCAUAUUCUCGAUUGUCUUGCAAAAUAAAUUCAAUUUAGAAUAACAGAUAGAAGAUCACAACUCUAGAAACUAAAAUGAUUAUGAAGAAUAAUUGAUCAAAUUGGAAGCUGAGAUCCGUCAACAUAUACGAAUUGAACAAUAAUUGAAGUUGUUUGCUGAAAAUACACAAUCAAAGUUAGAAGAUGUGCUCAAAAUUAAAGAUGAUUUAGAAGAAGAGUUGUAGACACUCAAAAAUGAAUUCCAAAUUCUAAAUGAAAAAAAUAAUACAUUGAAUCAAAAAUUAAAGAUACAAGAAAAGGAUAUACAAAACAUUAAACUAAAUUCAAAAGUUGAUUUAAAUUCUUAAAAUAUAAAGUUUGGACAAUAAUCGAAAAAAACCUAGUUAGAAAAAGAUAAUAUUGAAAAUGAGUUUAUGAAAUAAUAGACUAUCUCAUUGAAUGGCUAAAAAGAUAAAUUUAAAUGUCUUGGUUAAGAAUAUGAUAACCGAUUACGAACAGAGCCAUAAGAUGAUUACAUUAAAUUUCGGAAUAAUUCAUAGAAACGUAUAUUUUCAACUCACAUCUCCAACAAUAAUAAUAAUAACAACAAUACUAAUAAUAAAUCAAAUAAUUAAGCUAGUCGAGUACAAACUGAAACUAGUGAAUAUCCGGAUAAAAAUAGAAAAAGUAAUUUAUCUAAUUAUGAAACAUCAUAAGUUACUAUAAAUCAUCAAAGAAAUUAGACAACAUAAAAUGUGUUAAAUCUCAUAAAUCAAGAAUUCAAAAGAUAAUAAUCAAUAAAAGGCUGUUCUGAAAAAUCUACAAUCAAUUCAACUAAACCUUAAAAGAAGGCUUCUUCAUCUUAACACACUGAGGCAAAUAGAUCAAACAAUUCUGUUCAUAGUUUUCGCAAACAGCCUCAAGAAGUGAUACAGAUUCCAAGACCUUUUUCAUGUGCUGAAUAGAUUGAAGAAGCUUAACAUUCAUUGCGUAAAGAUAUAAGUGUUGAUUUAAAUGGAUAAUAAAAAUUAAAUGCUGAUUAUUUGGAAAAUCAAUUAUAAAUAAAGAAACUCUUACAAUAAUACUAAUAAAAGCAUUCCCUUAACGAUAAUUUAACUAAAAAAUUACUGUAAGAAUACAAAAAAAGAUCUGGUUAUAAUUGUAAAACCAUUUAUUGA